GGAGGGGGAAGCGGCGCCCACCUCCGUCUGCAAGGCGGCGCCCGCCUGGAGCGCAAAGGGGCCGGGACAGGCAGGGUGGGCGAGCCCCGCGGCCUGCUCGGAGUCCUUGAUGCACCUUGGCUCCCCCUGGGCCGCGAGGCAGGAGCGCAGGAGGAUGGCCGAGAGCGAGUGCGAGACCCCCAGCACGCCGGGGGAGUUUGAGAGCAAAUACUUUGAAUACCACGGGGUGCGCCUUCCGCCCUUCUGUAGGGGGAAGAUGGAGGAGAUCGCCAAUUUCCCCGUGCGGGUUAACGACGUCUGGAUUGUCACCUACCCCAAAUCAGGCACCAGUUUGUUGCAAGAAGUAGUAUAUUUGGUGAGCCAAGGAGCUGAUCCUGAUGAAAUUGGCCUAAUGAACAUAGAUGAACAACUUCCAGUCCUAGAGUAUCCUCAGCCUGGAUUGGAUAUCAUCAAGGAGUUGACAUCCCCUCGUCUCAUCAAAAGCCACCUACCAUACCGUUUUUUGCCCUCAGAUCUACACAAUGGGAAUUCCAAGGUAAUAUAUAUGGCUCGCAACCCCAAAGAUCUGGUCGUGUCUUAUUACCAGUUUCAUCGCUCCCUUCGAACCAUGAGCUACAGAGGAACGUUUCAAGAAUUCUGUCGGAGAUUUAUGAAUGAUAAGUUAGGGUAUGGUUCAUGGUUUGAACAUGUGCAGGAAUUUUGGGAACAUCAUAUGGACUCCAAUGUUCUUUUUCUCAAGUAUGAAGAUAUGCACAAGGACCUAACAACUAUGGUUGAACAGCUGGCAAGGUUCUUGGGUGUCUCUUAUGACAAGGCGCAGUUGGAAUCCAUGGUGGAACAUUGUCACCAACUCAUUGACCAGUGCUGUAAUGCAGAAGCCCUUCCUGUUGGCAGGGGACGAGUUGGGCUAUGGAAAGAUAUCUUCACUGUCUCCAUGAAUGAGAAAUUUGAUUUAGUUUACAAGCAAAAGAUGGGAAAGUGCGACCUCACAUUUGACUUUUAUUUAUAAAAAAAAUGCAUGCCUAUAAUACAAAUAUUCUAGGUAGAAGUGCUUUCGGCAUUCAUUUAUCACUUGCUAGACACAACACUGUAUCUGUUAUGUGUGUCAGGAGUUAAAAACUAAAAGGAACAAUGCACUGGGAAGUUCAGAAUGUAAAGAAGAGACAUGCUGGGUUGAACCAAAGGCCCCUUAUUCCUGGGAAACUUACAAGUACGGCAUGAGAGCAAUAUUUUCCCCUGUUGCUUUUCUCCAGCCUCUGCUGUUCAUAGUGGUUGUAUUUUACUGUUCUGGCUAAUAGCCACUGAUUGACCUAUCCUCUAUAAACCUGUCAAAUCCCUCUUGGAAGACAAUCUAAUGUUCUGGCAAUUGCAUCUCAUUGCAGUGAAUCCCACACAUCUGCUUUGUAUGUUGCUUCUACUUCCCCUUCCUCCAGUCUUCAUUGCUGCCGCCUCCCCGCAACUCUCCUGCCAUUCUUUUCUCCCCACCCCUCUCGGGGGCUCUUUAUUUUUAUUUCUAAUUGCCUGGUAAUGCAGACUAGUAAAUUUUUAAGUGUCACAGUGUAAAUUGGUAAAUUUUUACCAAUUUUUUAAAAAAAUUUAAAACCACAUUUUAAAAGCCAUUAGUUUUAGGAGUUUCUAAAGGUUCCCAUUUUUAAAAAAUGUAUUCAUUUAUAUACUGCAUUCCACAUAAAGAACUACGUCGAAUUGAAAAUCCAUCCGCCUCUUCUUCCUGGAUCUUUUUUCUAGUUGAAUGUUCUGUGGGAUCCUAGUGGCUCCUUGUUUUACCCCCGAGUAUAUAGCCCACUUUUUCAGCUCGAUCCUUGGCUUUUACCUAGCUGGAAACUUGCGGCUCAUAAUAGUGGCUGGUAUAAAACAGAAGCUAUGCGAGGUGAGGUGAAGGAGACAACCUCUGUUACUCUUUUUCCUAUUGUGGGAAGUCACUGUGGAUAAUUUAACUCUCACACACCCCUUUAAUGUGAUCUUGUGCACAGCACACCCAGAUUCUCCAGGCAGCAGUUGCUCAGCAAGAGUUUACAGCCUGAAGGGGGGGAAAUUGAGCAGCAAUUGUGUGCACAUGUGAACACACAUGUGUGUGCAUGUAUGGCUGCUUUUUCCCAACAUUAAAACGUUGAUCAUAAAAACAGACCACAAACUACUUAAAAUAAUAGUGUUAAAAGAUUAAAAAGCCUGGGUAAAGAUGUGUUUUAGCCUGAUGCCCCCCAAAAAGCAAUGUAGGUGCCAGGUGAGGUUCAAGCAGGGCUGGAUCGAUGUUUAAAAUGGCAGAAUAAAUUGUGCUGACCUCUUAUCAAUUGUUAAUGAAUUAUUACACUUUCACAUCAUCUCAUCCAUCUCUUACCUACAAAUUUCUUCUAGAAUUCCUUUUCUUGUAAGGAGUUUCUAGCCAGAUGUGGAUGUUAGAUGUUAGGGGGACAGACUUUAAUGAACUCGGAGGCAUGAUAAGAGUCUUUCCAUGGCAAGAAUGCUGGAAGGGAGAGAGAGGAGAAGCAAAAUAAAGGCUGGGCUCCCCUAAAACAAGAGAGCUCUUGCAGGCUCAAGUCAUCAGUAUUUCAGAAAGAUGGAAAGAUGGCAAAUGAUUCACUGUGACGGGGAAAAUUUAAACCCCAACGAAGGGCACCCACUACCCAAAUAAAGAAAAUAGAUUCGAAGUCUUUAUUUUAGAAAGUGAAGUAGAUGGCCUGUGGGUUGUGUCAUGUUACCAAAGCACAGAUCCCCCUAUCUGGAAGAGAAACUUAUAUUAGGGUCCAUGUGGAAACUAAAAACAAUUUUUCUGUAUGAUCUUUUCUUUUUUGUCCCCUUCUUUUGACCUGAGCCCUCUGGGGGAGGGCAGUCUAUAAGACCAAUAAAUAAAUAAAUAUUGGGUGUUUUUUUUUACAGAAAAGGAUAUGUUUGGAAUUGGGAAUGCAAACACCACAAAGUUAUCGUGCGUGGUUAAUCUCUGUCUUGCUCUGCAUCUUGUGCCUUCGCUAGCCCACAGAGAGCACUUUGCCUUUCUUCUUUGCAUCUCUGUUGCUUUUGAACUAACACAGCCAAUGAAGCUGAUAGGCAGUAGAUUCAGGAUGGAAAGAGUUUGUUAUACAGUGAGGGACUAAAAUAUGGAAUUUGCUGUCAGAGGAUUUGCUACCAAUCUUGAUCCUCCUUGAUCUGAGAUUGCAAAUGCCUUAGCAGACCAGGUGCUCAGGAGCAGCAGCAGCAGCAGGCCAUUGCUUUCACAUCCUACAUGUGAGCUCCCAAAGGUAUCUGGUGGGCCAUUGUGAGUAGCAGAGUGCUGGACUAGAUGGACUCUGGUCUGAUCCAGUAGGCUCUUUCUUAUGUUCUUAAGAUGUGAUAAUGACAACAGGCAUAGGGCAAGCUUUAAAGGGUGGUUGGAUAGCUUCAUGGAGGAGGAAUUUAUCAACAGCUACUAAGCAUGGUGACUAAAGGGAACCUCCAUGUGUGGAGGCAGUCAACCUCUGAAUCUCAGUGCCAGGAGGCAUCAUCAGGGGAGAGCCUCAGCCUGUAUGUCCUAUUGUUAGACCUCCAUAGGAAAUGUUUGGCCAGUAUGUGAGACAAGAUACUGGACUAGAUGGACCAAUGGAUUUUUCUGGCAGGGGACUUUUUAUGUGCUUAUUUCUUAUGUCAAUAAAAGUGGCAUAUUGACUCA